AUGGUUGUGUUUCAGUUAUCUCUUAAAUAAUGCAGAAUUGAACCAUUUGCAUUUGGGAGAAUUAGAUGAGCAAUCUUUAUCAGUACUGACUACUGGAUUAAGCAACACAUCAUCAGCAAGUAAGUGCAAGGCAAUAAAUAUGUGGUUUAAAAAUGUUUCUGAUGGUAAUUUAAUGCUUAAUUUUUUGGGGAAGCCACUAUUGCAUAAUAUUCAAUGGAUAUAUGUUAUUUUUGAGCACAAUACAUGUGACUUGGUUCCUAUAUUGUUAAAGUUAAUCACUUUACCUCAACUCAAAACACUGGACCUUACUGGAGAUAUUUGCACAAAUGACGAGACUACCUAUAUUAGAAAAUGUUCUGAGCUUGAAAAAUGCAUCAAAACAAAUUCAAAAUUACAAGAACUUACUAUACAAGUGAUUGCUAAUAAUUCAUCCGAGAAUAAACUUCUUGAACCAUUCAUAGCUUGUAUUAUGAAAGGAAUUGCCCAAAACAAAAUAAUAAAAUCAUUCAGAAUUAUAGUUUUUAAAAGGCAAACUGGUGAUCCUGAUGAUCAUGCUCUAACUGAUAGUACUAUAUUAGAGAGCUUACUAAGGGACAAUAACACAUUAGAAGCUCUUUCGCUUCACAUACCGAACGGUUUUAUUUCAUCACCAAUGAAUGAAAUAAAGGCAAAAUCAAAAUUGACUGCUCUAGAUAUAGGAGGUAGUAUACUAAUGAAUUCAAUUCUCCCUUGCAUCAAAGAAUUAAAAUGUCUAAUACUACCUGGAAUUUCAUACCCACCAUGUCUCAUAUUCAACUCUUAUCCUGAUCUACAACAACUUACUAUACAACUGGACACAAAAGAGAGCAUUGAUGAACUCUUUACUAUUUUAAAAUCCGACGCCACUCUUAAAGCUCUGAGAGUGGAAGUUAAGAGAGGAAGUGUCUAUACAAUCUGCAGUAAUACAGCAUGUUUUCGCUCUUUUUCUCAUGAAAAGUGUAGUGCUAGUUCAUAUAUUUCUACCAUAACAGCUGGUAUUAUGUGUAACACUGGUCUAAGACAGUUGAGUAUACCUGUUUUCCUUCCUAUUACUAACAAAGACAUGAGAAGAUUUCUUAAUGUCAUCUCCCAAACAGAUAAUAUAACAGAACUUGAACUUCACUUCCAAAUAGAUAGCUGGACUUCUUAUGAUGAGCAAAAAAUGAUGAAACCUUUUUUCUAUGAACAAGCUUUACCUGAGAUUUUUAAUAUGCUAGGAUCACAUGCAAGCAUCAAAACAAUGAGUAUAGUGUGUAACUAUCUUAAUGAGUCAUCAGAUACUAAUACAACAGAAAUAGAGGAUUUAUUCUUUUGUAUGCGAUUCCCAUCACUUCGGCAAUUGGAAAUCAAAAGAACAGGAAGUCAAUGUAUGAUCAAGACUUUUACAAAGAGUGUAGUAGUAUACCCAUACCGUUAUCCAAUUACUCGUAAAAUAAAAAUGUACAUACAUUAAAUAUGCUAAUAAUUAUACAAGUUUACAUGUAAGUUUCACCAUUUUGUGUGUAAUAUUGUACUUACUACUUAGAAAAAUUAGAUCCUAUUGCUAUUUGCAACACUAACUAUUAUUAGCUUAACAUGUGGUGAAAAGCAACUAGUUAUUUGUUUCUCUGUAAAAAUUAUUUUUGCUUAUUUUCAUUUUAUUGCUACCAACAUUAUUUUGCUACUUUUUAUGUAAAUUUAUA